UGUGGCGUUCUAAUACUUGUUCUACGGCAGAUGCAAUGGCAAUCUCCCAGCUGUGGAUGGUUUCCUCCAGUGAGAAAACUAAAUUGUGGUCACGAGCUUGUGCAGAUAUAUUAGCAGUGAGAUUCCAAGCAAACAUUGGAAUGUCCAAUUUGAUAUCACCUAUGGAUAUUAAUUAAAUUAGAAUUGUGUUGAAUGUAAUUGUUUGUAACUAAGGAAUUUACUAUUGUCAGUUGUAAUUUAAAUUAGAAACCAUGCUUCUGCCAAUAUUGAAAAAAUAUUUGUAUCAGUUCUUACAGCUCUUAAGUGAAUUUCUACCUAUUCUUCUAAUUCACAUUUUAUAUAUGCCUUAUCAUUACAGACACGGCUAACGGGCUUUUAAUAACUUGUAUUUUAAAUUUUGCAACUAUGGAGUUAUCCGCUGCAGCAGUUAAGUACUUUAUCUAUGCUUGCUUGUAAUUUAAUUUUAUGUAGAAUGUAAAUUCUAUGACUAUGUAGAAAUUAAUACCCUCUUUUGUUCAAAACGUCAUCCGCGAAAUGAAAUACCCGCGAAAUAUACCAUUUUGCCUAUCCGCGUAAUUAAAUACCCGCAAAAAUUUGUACUCCUAAGGUAUUUUUAGUAAAGAGAAUUUCUUCAUUUUCGUAAAGUGUGAUAUUUGAGGAGUAGUGCGCAGUUUUGUAUAGCUAUGGUGAUCAGCAUAGCACAUUCUGUUUCUCUGCCGUAUGGCACACCUUCAUCGGGGACAAAUGACUAAUAGUAAUAAUUUUUUCCGAUUCCUGAUAUGAAGGUAGUGAUUUUACUUUAUCGGCCAACGUUAAUUUUCGUCAUAAUCGGCUGAAAGAAAAAUACGAAAGAAAAAAGAAAAAGCGGUCAUUGAUUUAAAUUCGCGUCGAUUUGAGCUUUCUCUACUUGUAAUUCUACAGAUUUUCCCGUGUUUGUGUUCAAAAAAAAAUGCUUUACUUAUGUAAGAAACUUGCAUGAAGUUCAGGUCCAGCAAACAACCUUGUUAGCAGUAGUCCAAAAACGGAGUUAGGUACGAAUUAUGUCGAAUUACGUAAAAAACUAUGGGAAUGUCAGGAAAAGUCGAUUCGGCAAAUCAGUUUCUAUUAGUUACAAUAUGUGUAAUUGACGUCAGAUUGUUUUUACUUAUGACGUCAAAUGAUAUUAUAAAUAUCUUUGGUUUUCAAAUAAGCCUUAGCGAAGUAAGACGCAAAUCUAAGGACGAAAAAUUUGAAGGUUUAAGUGACUUGAUGUUGCAACUAUGCAACAUGUUAAACGUAUCGAAGAACUUUUAGAGAAUCGCUGUACAUUCACCAAAUGUACAUUAGCGUCAUUAAUUGAUGACAUUGCAUUGCCAUUUCCAUCUAUUGAUGUUGACGAAGAAAACAUUGGUGAAGUUUUGACACUUCCAAACACUAAUAGUAAAGUUGGAAGAUGUUUAAUACAGGAAGUGCUUCCAAACAGAAUGACACCAUCUUCUAGUGUUGACGAUGUCCAGUUAAUUGUCAAUGAUGGUGACGUGGAUAAUGACAGUUGUUCAAUAAUUUCAUUUGAUAGUAUUUCAUCCCUACCUAUCAGUGAAGUAAACAUCAGUGAUGGAUGUUUAAUACAAGAAUUGUUUCUAUGUAGAAACAUUUCUAUUACAUCAUUUGGUAAUGAUAACAUUGCGAAAGAUAGUCCUGUUGAAAUAAUCAAACCGGCUGAUUUAGAUCAGAUCGCUUCAAACAAAGGUAAACAUUUCAAAUCAAUAGGGAACGGUUCCAUAGUUAUUUAGUUAUAAUAAUUUAUAUGAUGAAUUUAGUUAAUUCAAUUAAUUGUAAAUUUAAUGCUUGACUUUUUACGAGUAUUGAAAAUCGGAUAAUAGGUAACAUUUUUCUACAGCAUUUGUGAUUAUACUUUUUUUUAGAAUGUAUAAAGACAAAAUCCAACUCGUUAGCUAAAGAAUUUCUUCCACGUGAAGAACAUCCGCCAUCUUUAUAUCCUUUGGUGUUUUUAAAUCCACUUGCAGGAGAGUUUGAACGCAUUGAUAGCAUCUACGAUGAACCAAAAAGACUCGCUCCGCGUAAAAACUUAUACAAAUCUGAACAAAAUGCUGACCCGUUUCAAAUCAAAGUAAUUGAGUCAAUCGUGGUCGCACAAAAAAGAAAAAACAUUUUUAAAAAGUGUUUCCAUUGGAUACGAAAUAAAAUCCGAAAACACUAAGUCACAACUAAUUUUACGCAACUUACGCAACAUGCUACAUCAAUCAUUGAAAAUUAAACAACGCCCGUCAACUUAACGCCAUGCACUUCAAAUAUUGCCGCCAACAGGAGUUAAAAUGUUUAGAAUAAGUUACAUACGAGCAUCUCACGAAACCUCGUCCCCAGGGUUCUGUAGCCCCUGAGUCUUUAUCACGGAGUGGUCAACAAUCCCCGCUAUCUACUUUAUCAACAAGGCAAAAUGCCCUGAGAACGAGGUUCCAUCUCAAGGUCUCUUGGCAAGAGCCUUUAAUUCUAAAAGCAAAAUGCUAUAGGUAUUUCCAUUGAUUUGAUUUUAAGCGCACGACGUGGGUACAAAAAGGAUAUACGCAUAAACGAUUGAUGUCUAGCUUUACGCAAAGUAAAUAGGAUUCUUGAAUGUCAACCAGGACUGUUUUAUUUGGAUCGCCGAAUUUUUUAAUUUUUUAAUAUCGAUAAAGUAGGCAAACAACACUUUCGUUUGCAUGAUACUUUGUGUGCUAUAUGUUUUCUCUCCAUACUUUGAAUAGUAUUUCAAGUAUACUCUUGGAAUGAAUGUGUUCCAUCUUAUUUUGGGUAUCGGUAGCUCAAUCGGGAGAUGCUCGACUCAUGAUUCGCAAUUGACGGGGUACAUCUCUCAAAAUUAAUGAGACUAACCACAAAAAAUACAAAUCACCAACAUCCCUAAAACCCACCACUAU